CUUGACGUUAGGAGGAAGGAAGUUUGAAGGGAGGGUGAAGCAACACAAACCAGGAAGUUAAACAAAGAGAAAAACCUUCGAUUAUCUUCGUCUUUGUGGCAAACUCUCCACUUUUUAAUAAUUCAACACCGUUCAAAACUCUCAACCUCGAGGAAAGUCUCUUGGGUUGCGGUGGAAAGAUGAACUACGACCCGGAGCGAGAGGGUGCAGAUCCAGCUGAAAUUGACAAAAUGGACAGGAUGAAGGAGGAAGUCAAAGAAGUCCAAAACAUCAUGACAAAUAAUGUGGACCGUAUCAUUGCUCGAGCAGAAAGACUGGACGACCUCAUGGACAAGUCAGCGGACCUGGAAGUUGGGGCCCAGACCUUCAAGCAAACGUCCACUAAAGUGGCUCGCUCUUACUGGUGGAAGAACGUCAAGCUGGUGGUGGUCAUCGUGGUCAUCGUGCUGAUCAUCGUCCUCAUCAUCAUCCUGUUGGCCACCGGCGUCAUCCCAGUCAGCGCACCUCUGCCGCCAAUUGUCUCACCCACGGAUGGCCCGUAAACACACACACGCGCACACACACACACACACACACACACAGUGAUUGUAUAUACAGACUUAAUUUAAUCCUGUAGUUGCACAGUUCCAAAAUAAUAGCACAUAUUUAGUAAACUGCUGCUGCAUCUUGGUUUUUAGGUCCAAAUGGUGACUUUUAAUUUUAUCAGUUUGGAACUUUGGCAGUUUACCACAAGAAACCCUUUUUUUUAAGUCACUGUUAAAGGACGCUACAUGAGAAGGUUUAUCGCCUUAUUCGUGACGUCCUUUAGGGCCGAAGCGUCCUCCAGCUGCUAUGUGGUUGGGAAAGUCCAAAUGGUGGCUCUCGCUUGUACUGAUGCACUUUUACAAAACGAUGUGCUUCGUUUCAAAGAAGAAAAAUGUCUAUUAUACAGUCGAAUAUGUUACAAUUUGUGUGCUUUUUGUAGUGCAGAAAAGGCAAUAAACUAGGUGUGAAACAUACAUAAAGUUUUAAAAGUGUUGAAACUAGCGUCCCCUACAGUGAAGUUAAAAGUUGACAAUGUUUAACAACAAAAGAUGUGAUGGAAAAACCACAUCCUUGUCAUCCGAGUAAUGUAUUUUUUUUAGCUUGUUUCAUUUUAGUGGACACAUAAUCGUCAUUGUGUGUUUUUUUUGUGUUGUGUGGCAAGCCUCUCACUUCCUUGCUUCACUGCUCCUCCCCCUUUUGACCCCUAAACCAAAGCAGCAGCGUUCACGCAGCGACGGGAACGUUUGCAUUUGGAGGAGCAGGAGCUUCUUAUGGGAGGAUUUGUUGCAUCGUGUCAAUAAGUCGACCGUAUUGUUUGUAUUUAAAGCGCUAUACCUCGGUAUUCUUUCGCAAGCCGUAAAAAAAAAAUUGUCCAACCAACCCAGAAUCAUACGGAAACCAAAGCAAAUUUCCCCAUGAAAAAAACAACAACGCUGAACAUUUUUUAAUGGACAAUAAUUCUAGUUUGUGAGAAAUAUGAAAAUGGAGGUACCACUUUGCUUAUGUCUUCCUUCUUUGUCUUAGUUAGUGUCCCUAAUUAAAAGGUAUUUAUUCAAUAUUAUAAUUAUGUUGUUUGUGGGCUUUUUGUAAUCACUUUCGACUCAAACUCAAAAACUGUUUGGAGAAAGAAAAUGAUUUCUUUUUUAAACUUCUUUUGACAUGAAACUCUGUUUGACUUUGUCAUGCUCCUGGUGUACAUUUAAUGUCAUCUAGUUGUUUCCAUGGUCACCUGACUCUGAUCACUUACUGGUACUACCGUAUUUUUCGGAGUAUAAGUCGCACCUGCCGAAAAUGCAUAAUAAAGAAGGAAAAACACAUAUAUAAGUCGCAUUUUUGGGGGAAGUUUAUUUGAUAAAACCCAACACCAAGAAUAGACAUAAAUAAAUAAAGAAUAGUGAACAACAGGCUGAAUAAGUGUACGUUAUAUGAGGCAUAAAUAACCAACUGAGAACGUGCCUGGUAUGUUAACGUAACAUAUUAUGGUAAGAGUCAUUCAAAUAACUAUAACAUAUAGAACAUGCUAUACGUUUACCAAACAAUCUGUCACUCCUAAUCGCUAAAUCUCAUGAAAUCUUAUACGUCUAGUCUCUUACGUGAAUGAGCUAAAUAAUAUUACUUGAUAUUUUACGGUAAUGUGUUAAUAAUUUCACACAUAAGUCGCUCCCGAGUAUAAGUCGCACCCCCUAUGAAAAAAACUGCGACUUAUAGUCCGAAAAAUACGGUAGUACUCUUAUUCACCUCUUCAACCUCAAUCAGCUGACCUGUCAGCCAGCUCUUUGCAUUAUGUGUUGGUUUUAGUCUUCUUACGUGAAAUAAAUGCAUUUAUUCUAUAUAAUG